AUGGCAAAAUCAAUCAUAAGAAGAUCAAUCUUCACCUUCCUCAAAAACUACCAACACCUCACCUCCACCCCAACCCUCCUCCUCCUCCCCUUCGCCGUCUUAUCCCUCCUCGCCCCGGCCCUCGUCUCCUCCUCCCGCCUUCUCCCACUAGUUCACAACCGCCUCACCGCCCUCUUCCUCGCGGCUGGCUUCCCUCCAUCUUCACCUCUUCUCAACCUCCUCAUCCUCAAGCUGUCCCAAACCAUCCUCGCCCUCCUCUUCGUCUCCCCUUUCUCUUACUCGUCCCUCCUCCUCGCCAAAGCAGCCGUGAUCCGAACCCUACACCCCAACACCAACACACUCUUCAAACCACUCCUCAUCACCCAACUAUGCAACACACUACUCAUUCUUGCAUCAAAUGCCACAUCCUUCUUCCUCAUAGCCAUCUUCUUCAAUUGCCUCGACUUUUCAGGCCUAUCGUCGCCCUCUUCCUCCAUCCUCCUCUCGGCCUUUGGGGUCAUGCUCUACUCCAUCAUUCUUGCACACGCGUACAUCAUCUGCAACCUGGCCUUCGUCUCGUCUGCAGUGGAGAGGCGCGGUGGAUUCAUGGCGAUCAUCAAGGUGUGCCUCGUGAUCAAGGGCAGAAGUGCAACUGCAUUGUCGUUGGCUCUGCCUAUCAACUUGGGAUUGGCUGCCAUUGAAGCCCUCUUUCAAUACAGAGUUGUUACAGGCUAUAAUCAAGGCCUAAAUCAGUCAGCCAUUCUUGUUGAGGGAAUGCUGAUCGCCUACUUGUAUGGUUUGACACUCAUUCUUGAUACAGUUGUUGGCUACUUGUUUUGGAGAAGCUGCAAAAGGGAUCACUAUAUUGAUCAAGAAUUCUCUCACAUCAUCGAAAUCCAUGUAAAGGGAGAUGAGUUUUGUGCAAAAACCAAGGUUUUGGGAUUGCUUUCUUGA